AUGCUGCUCUUCUGCCCCUCCUGCAGCAACGUCCUCACAGUCUCAACGACAACCCACGGUCCCGAAAACGACCCCAUCAACCGCCUGGAAUGCCAAACUUGUCCCUAUGAAUUCCUGCUCGAGGGCCGCUACUUCGAACGCAAAACUUACGUGCGCAAGGAGCGUGAGGAUGUUUUUGGGGGAGAGGACGCUUGGGAUAAUGCCGACAAGACGAAGAUUCAGUGCCCGAAGGAUGGAUGUGAUGGUGAUGAGGCGGCGUUCUAUCAGGUGCAAAUUAGAAGUGCGGAUGAGCCGAUGACGGGCUUUUAUAAGUGUAUGACUUGUGGUAACCGGUGGAGAGAGAAUUGA